GGGGGCUCUAACCCCACAGGCAAACAGCCUGGGCCAAGAGCCUGGGCCUUUGAUUUUCCAUGCACUUCCGGAAGCGGCGUCUUUUCUAUAAUUUUUCGUCUUGGACCGCACAAUAUACGGCACUGCGUGAACAAGCCACACCAGGUUUUGUCGACCAACAAGUAAUUGGAAACGAACCGGGUGUAGCGAGCAAUGGAGUAGCCAAGGUGCUAUACACAUCAAUCUCUCCUCAGCAAUCAAGUUAUAACAGAAUAGAACUGAGCGCCCGUGGAGAGGCGUCAACAUGGGGAGUAGCCCGGGCACACGCGCCUGCUACGCGGCGGCCGGCAUCUUCACGCUGUCGGGAUUCCUGCUGUCGGGUGCCAGUGUGGCCAUCGUCAUGAUGAUUGUGCGCGACGACAAACUGGACGAGCAGCUCUGGACGGCCGCUGUUCUCGUGGUGGGCGUCAGCUUCGGCGUGCUCUGCCUCGGUAUUCUGGUGUGCGCCUGUGCCAUGUGCAAGCGCAUGGCCGCCAGCCAGGCGGCGUUGGACAAGGCCGAGGCCGUGCGUGAGCAGGGGGCCAAACGGCGGCUGUCGCCGGCCACCUUCCCGGCUGGACACGCUGCAGCUGUGCGUGUCUGGAGCACAGCUGGUUCGCUGGACCCGCUGCUGCCCGGUCAGGUCACGGCCACCGAGAGCCCCUCCGAGGCCGAGGAUGACGAGCAGCCCCGUGAAGAUGCAGCCUAGGCGGCUCCGCGCCGCCCUCGUGUGGGAUGCGGGGCAGACGGUGGUGAAGGUGAACCGCUCCAUGCACUCCAGGCAACGCUUCACGUCUCUAGUGAAAAACGAAGAUCGACAUUUCCCCGUGUGCUACUUUGACUGUGCGAAGCUGACUCCUCGCGUCGUCACCGGUCUCGUAUAUGGCAGUGGGUAUACAGCUGUCGUCACCUUCCGAGUUGAAAACACUGCAAUACGUCCCUUUCUUAAGAAGGUGAAGUCAAGACAGGUACUUUAGGCUCCUGCGGCUCUUGAAUAUCACCUAUGAAGAGGCUUUUUGGCACUGCAGUACUUACACAUCACUAAAACUUGAACAAGGUAUGCGGAAGAUUCUCGAAGGAUGACUAAGAAACGGUUAUGAGUGCUUUUUCUGUUCACCUAUUAGCACGACACUCGUUUUUUCGGCCAAAUACAGUAGCUAACCUACAACAACCGCAGCAAAACGACUGACAGCAGUCCACGCAAUUCGCGUAGAUUCCUGCAUUUCCAAGAUGAGCGCUUUGAUUAUAGCAUUGAAUUCAUCAGUGCUGGGGGCUUCGUGAAGUCCCGUAGGUGACGCAUAGCAGUAAGCGUGAAUACUCGGUUCGAACAUUCAAAGGUUCAGUUCGUGGUUUGCCGAAAGGGACAACUUAAAGUUGGCAGCAUAAAGUGGAAGUGCCAAGUUCUAAAUUUGUGACCACAAUUAUUAUUGAUUUCCAUUAUCCGAAAUAUUUAUUGAAAUACAUAAAUAAAAGUCCCAUAUGUUUAAUAUUCCUCGGGGACUAUAAAGCCGAACAGCAUGCAUGCUGCAAAGAGCAAAAGUAUGGUGCUAGUGAUUUUGAGGGGCUUAGGCUGUAUAAUUGCAUCGGGGCGUCUGAGCUCGACGCUGACGCAGCUACUGGAAGUACUUUACCGCUUAACUGAUAUAACACAAGAACAUCCACACUCAUGUUGCAGCCUAUAGGAUGAAAAUGUCUAUUUGCAAUUGGAAUUGUAAUGGAGAAACUUGAGCACCAAGUGAUUAAUCUGGCCAUGGCCUAAUGGGGAGCUCAGCACUUUCACAGUUAAUAUAGCGUUCAUGUGUUUGUCCUCUUGAGAUAGAAGAAGCCAGUAGUGGCAGCUGUAGGGCAGAGAAGGCUUUGUGAAUGCUGCAAUUUUUUAGCACUGCGGAGGAGAGUCGUGGAAAUUUACGGCAGUGCCAAAUGAUACCCCUAGACAAGCGAUAAAAGUAUGGAAAACAUAUCAUCCGCCUGCGACAGAAGUCCUCUAUUUGUAGGACAAAAUGCUACUUUCUGGGCAAAAGUAGUAACUUGGCUGCACACGAGCCUCAUAGCCCUCACACGUAGAGCAAGAUGCCCUUGAGGCAAGCGUGACACACAUUUUACAGGUUCUCAUCAAACACCUCAUCAUCAACGUCUAAAUUUUGUGGCUGAAAGGAGCCCAACGUAACUCUUCUCGUCACAUCGCAAGUAAAACCGUGUGUCGUGCACGUACUGCGGUAAAGCAUUUAUAUUCAUUUGCACUAUAUAACUGCCCGUGGAAAAAGGACUAUAUAUGCGUCGUAAUACUCCUGUGCAUACGGCGUGUUCGUGUACCAAGCUCUACGAAUUUCCGUCAGCAGUUGAGGACAAAGGGGGAGACGCAUACAAUACCAAGGCGCAUCGUGCAAAGUGUGUACAUCUCCCUAUGGGCCCUCGUCUGGGCGAAGCUUGCGACCAUGUGAUGGUCCGCGGUGGUGUUGCAUCAGAUGGAGUUCUUAAAAGCGGCGAUUGUCCCGCAUGAGGUGAUAGCAGGGCAGGUGCGGGUCGGCACACGCUGAGCGACCCAGUCUCUCUAAGAAAUCCAAUCGGCAGUAGUAAAACUUUACUCGAUUGCCGCCAGCCCUUGAGUUAUCCCGCCAUCACCAAAGCCCGCGUGCGUAGAAUCUCCAUUUUAGUGCAUUUUUCUGUGUCACUGCUAGAAUGCACUAACGAAUGAUCUAAGGAACUGCAGUGCAUGGAGCUUUACGUGCCAAACCCGCGCUGUGAUUAUAAGGCACGCCACAGUGUGCGCGCGGGUCACCAAAUUGAUUUUGACCGCGUGAGCUUCUAUAAAGAGCACCAUAAUGUAACUGAUUGUCAUGUGGCGUUAAACGUCCCAAAACCACCUUGUGAUUAUGAAGGACGCCGCAGUGGAGGGUUCCGGAAUUUUAGAUCACCUGGGGCUCUUGAACGUGCACCCAAACGGGAGCACACGGGCCUAUAGCAUUUUCACCUCCAUCUAAAACGCUGCCGCCACAACCGAAAUUCAAUCCCACGACCUGCGGGUCAGUAGGCGAGUACCUUAGCCAAUACACCACCACGGCGGGGUGACCUAUAUCUAAGUACACGGACGUCUUUGCAUUUCACCGCUAUUGAAAUGUGGCCACCAUGGGCAGGAAUCGAACCUUCGUCUUCGAGCUCAGCAGCGCGGCAACUUAGCCACUGGCUACCCGGCGGAUAAAACGUUCUUUGUCAUCGAUCUCACCGUACAAGGCAUAGAGAGUAGGGAAGCGCAUCGUCCAGUCUUGAUUAACAGAUCCUUAUUCACGAGUAUGUUACACACACAGUGAACAGACAGCGCCACUUGUACCGUUCGCAGCGCAUCAUGUUGUCAACGUCUCCCUUUUCUCUUUUUCGACUGGCACUGAAAAUUCAUCGCAUCGAAUUUUUCACGAGGCCUUGGCACUUGGGAGAAACGAACCACGUCGGUUCGUGAAUAUCUAUUUGUGCAAAAAUCCAACUACUAAUGAAAGACCCCAUAUCUUUGCUUUCUAAGGUCUUGUGUGCCAUAAACAAAGUAUACGCGUGCACUGCUCGGUACACUGUUCGAACAUUCUCACCACUCAUUUGGCGUGUGAACAAGUAUAGAAAAAAAAACAGCUGCCCAAAAAAACAUUGCAAAUUAUCACGAGAAGAAAGACGCAGUUUUGAUAGCCAUAAAAGCACAGAAAUUGUGUAAGCUACAAAUCUCGACACCCGAAAACUGUCUCGGCUGCACUGUUUUUUUUUCUAGUGUAUUCGUAUACCCAGCUCAACAGUCUACACAGUAAAGAGACCAUAAGAUGGCACGUUUAGAAUUGUUCCAGAGUCGGACUUUUAACAAAAUACAUGUAGCAGGCGAGAUGUAUUUUUUAAUGUUUACAUAUCAACUAUUUUGAUUUGUUUCUAACGAAAAAAAAAGAUCAAGAAGGCCAAAGAUGAAGCUACACACAAGUUGUGCCACAGAAGUUACCAGCUUACGAUUUCACAGAAAUGUGAUCUGUGACUUCAUUUUUUGCUGCUCACUCGCUGCUAUACCUGACAAAGUAGACUGUCUGUAAUUAGGUUCACUGCACGAUGUCAUAGCUCCUUCAGAUGUCGUCACUGCAGUGCAUCAGUGUGCGUGCAUAUGUGUGGCGCUCUGCCCGGACCAUAGAACAAAAACCAGAGCAUUUUACGAGUGAAAUAUAUGUACAUUACGUCCAGCGAUGAGAUGCUUCGGUAUUUACAGUCACGUCACCAAACAAGUUUCGGUCAAUGACAAAGUGUUACGAAGCAAAACUGUGCCAAGUAUCAGCUCCCUUUCCGGUUGAUGUUUGAUGUGCCGUCUUUUUUGUUUCUGUCACCCCAUGAAGCGUCCAAUAAAACAGCAACCUACAUUACAC